AUGUCGGUAGGAAUUUCACGUGAGAUGCCAAGUCCACUUCCAGAAAUAUGGAGCAGUGACGAAUGGAUGGACUCUGUGCGAGCUCUUGCUGUAGAUCGAGAAGGUUUGGACAGAGCUGUGCUCGAGGACAACAGGAAAAGAUGUGGACAAGCGCAUCAGGCAGUAGUGUCAGCCCGCCGAUUAUGUCGGAAAAUGAGGGAAUAUAGCGCAUUCGGAAAGUGCUCUGGUUCUGACUGCGCGAUCAAUGGUUCGAAACUGCCUGGGUGCCAACUGAGCCCUUCAUUCUUCCUGCGUCGUCAAAUUGGUACUAGUUUCAUCUAG